AGUUUUUCCAAUAACAAACUACUUUAAAUCUUAAUUUACAUAGUUACACCAUUUUCUCCAAAUUUUUACGUUGUUCUUUGUGCAAAAAAUGGAUGCAGUGAUGCGAUUAGGGGCCGAAAAUCCUGCAGUUAUAUUCAGCAAAAGCACUUGCUGUAUAUCCCAUGCAAUUAAGACGCUGAUACGUGGUUUUGGUGCGAACCCGACAAUUUAUGAGCUUGACGAACUCCCCAGUGGGGACCAAAUGGAGAGGGCAUUAUUGGCAUUAGGGUGUGACCCAAGUGUACCAGCUGUGUUCAUUGGAAAGAAAUUUAUUGGUGGUUCUAAUGAGAUAAUGAGCCUCAAUGUUAAGGGCAAGCUCAAGCCACUUCUCAUAAAGGCAAAUGCUAUAUGGAUAUAGGAACAAGACGAGAAUGUUUGGCAUGCUGACAAGACUAGAUACUUUAAGGAACGAGAUUUUAGUAUUGUUCGUGCCAUACGUAUCCAAUAAUAAGUACCAAACAUAAUAGUAGAUUACUAGCAUUUUCGAGCUCUCUUUUCAUGAUUAUGACAUUUUGAGAUUUUUAAUAGCUAGUGAUAACUAAAUUUUAAGAUAAUUAUAAGUAGUUUUUGAGGUUCUCUUUGUUGUACUGCUACAUUGAAGAAAUAAAAAUAAGCGAACAUUUUAUCUGUGA